UCUAUAUAAGAGCAGGUUCCAUCCGCUGCUGCUAACUCUGUGCUGUAAACUCAGAGAGGAAAGAUGCCCGAACCCGCCAAGUCUGCGCCCAAGAAGGGCUCCAAGAAAGCGGUCACCAAAACCGCCGGCAAAGGAGGCAAGAAGAAGAGAAGGACCAGGAAGGAGAGCUACGCCAUCUACGUGUACAAGGUGCUGAAGCAGGUCCAUCCCGACACCGGCAUCUCCUCCAAGGCCAUGAGCAUCAUGAACUCCUUCGUCAACGACAUCUUUGAGCGCAUCGCCUCCGAGGCUUCCCGUCUGGCUCACUACAACAAGCGCUCCACCAUCAGCUCCAGGGAGAUCCAGACCGCCGUGCGCCUCCUGCUGCCCGGUGAGCUGGCCAAGCACGCCGUGUCCGAGGGAACCAAGGCGGUCACCAAGUACACCAGCUCCAAGUAAACCUGCUGCUGCUGCUGCUGCUCGGUCACAACAACACAAAGGCUCUUUUAAGAGCCACAAACACACUGAAGAGCAACGAUCCUUUACUGAAUGUGUCCAGUUUUAAUACUGAACUGAUUUUAGUUUUAGCUUAUAAACAGUGAUGGGAUUUUCGGCUCCUUUUCGAGAUGCGGCUCUAAUGGCUCUUCUUAUUGUGGAGAGCCGGCUCU